AUGGAGCGAAUGGCCAACCAAGCUGGUCGAGAUACGGGCGACAUGGAGGAUUUGCAAGAUUCGCCAGCAUCGCCUACUCGUGAGGCUGGGAAUGGUUCAAAUAGUGGUUCAGGUAUCGGCGGACAAGGCGACGAUGGAAAGUCCGUAGGCGGGGGCGCUAGUGAUGUGGAUGGUGAUGAUAAUGCAACCGACGUUAUUCUUUUCUUCGACGACAAUUUCAAAGACGGCCGAGUCUUCAAGCUUACCGACGGGUCGGGAAAACAAAUCUGGUUCAAUCGCACCGACGAGGAUACUAAUCUUAAGGAUGUAAAAUGGCAGGUCAAGACAGAGAAAUCCAUGGAGCAGACGCUGGACUCGGCCAAGUUCGAAGACUCCAAGCCUGAUGAACCGGUCAGCAAUUUUACAGAAAGUUUUGUAAUGCUCAACUUCACAGGAGAAACCGCCCAGUUUUAUGGAAAAGACAUGUUUAUACAGAUCGACUGGGAAAAGGACGGGGCUACUGGUUACACCAAGACAGAACUCUUCACUGUCACUAACAGCACCGACGACAAAAAGCUCAACGAGCUCAAUAACAACCUUGAAAAUGACCAGAGAGAACAGGAGCCCCUGGAAACUACCACGUCGCCCGGGACAGACUCAACUUCUAGUCCUUCUUCUUUACCUUCUUCCUCCUCAGAGGCCGACGGGAGUUCCAACGACAGUUCCAGCAACGGUGGUGGCGGCGGAGGGCUCUCGACCGGUGUAACUGCUGGCAUUGCUGUCGGUGCUGUUCUCGGUGCGCUCCUCAUAGGUGCACUAGCAUGGUUUUUCCUCCGCCGACGCCGUCGUAACCAGCGGGCCGGAGACGAUUACGUUACACAGCAGACCUAUGCAGUGGAUAAGGAAACCCAUAACCGUGCUGCGGAUUCACCCAACUCGCCAUACUCGGACGAGAACCACAUGCAACCUGUUUUCCUCGGUAACCUCGACCGUGACCGUGAUGCGGCCCCAACUCCUCCACCAGCCGGCGUGCCUCGUUCAUCAUUCGGGUCUCACGAUCGUGGAAAUAACAGCGGUGCUCAGACGCCGCAGGGUAUGUCACGUAACGUUGCUCACUUGGUUGAAGACGGUAUGACGGCCGAUGAGAUCAGGAGGCUGGAGGAAGAGGAAAGGCAACUGGAUGACGAAAUUGAACGUGCGGCGAGACGAUAG